UUAUACUCCCUUCUUAGCUGAACAAUUGGUGUUUUUGACUCAGUUUUCUCUCUCUCCAUUUUCUCUGUUUUGCGUUGAAGUUGUUGCUGUGGUUUAAUUUGUUUUGUCAUUUUGGAAAAAUAUAGAGAAACUAUGAAGAAUUGUGAACUUUGUAAGGGAUUGGCUAGGAUGUAUUGUGAAUCGGAUAACGCUAGUUUGUGUUGGGACUGUGAUGCGAAGGUUCACUCCGCGAAUUUUUUGGCGGCGAGGCAUUCUAGGUCUUUGCUAUGUCAGGUGUGUCAAUCACCGACGGCUUGGUCGGCUGCCGGUGCGAAGCUGGGGAAGACGGUCUCUGUAUGUGAGAAGUGUGUGGAUGGGUACUACCAUAGGGAUGAAGUGGAGGAGAGUGAGAGCGUGAAUGAUGAAGGGAGUGGUACGGAGGACGAGGAAACUGAUUAUGAAGAGGAUGAAGAAGAUGAGGACGAAAUUGAUUCGGAGGGUAUUCAGGUUGUUCCGUGGUCAAAUACGACGCCUCCACCGCCGGCUAGUUCAUCCAGCAGUGAAAAUUCAUCAAAUGGCUGUAGAAACGUCUCUUCAAAGCGAAUGCGUGAAGCUGAUCCGGAUCUUCAUUCAGAUGACGACAGCGGAAGUUCGUCAUGUCACCGGAAAGUUCAUACAUCGCCGGCGAUGGAUGCAGACGCCGGAGACGAGGCAGCAGCUAUUGUUGACUCAUACUCAUCAAAAAUGAGAACGCCGGCUAAGAUCCAGAGAACAGAUCGUCUCACGGCUCCUAGAUGCACGUCGGUAAUAGAGUUUAUCAGGAGAAAUAAUCGGCAGAGGAUGAGCUCCGGUGCGGCGAUCGCCGAGCUUUGUAGACUCAAUAAUGACUCAAGGACCAUAGAUCUGGAAAGCUCAGAGACAUCGUAGCCGUCUGAAUGACCAUUCGUUUCAAUCAACAUUACGUGGAUUCUACUUUACUUACCCUUUACCCCCAAAAUCUUUUAGUCGGUUGAUAUAAUUUAGGAUAAGAGUUGUUGAAUUUGUUCUAGUACUACUAAUCUUCUUAGGGAUAGGACCAUUUGCUAGUAUUUUAUUUUACUGUAUGAUGUACUAAUAUGUUUAGGAUUAAUAUUAAGAUGAGAAAUGCCU